AUGCCAUCCUUCACCUUUGCUCUCCUCCUCCUCCUGCUGGAUGUGGCACCUGAGGUGUUGACCUUCCCUGAGCCUGGCCAUGGCCCGCUCCAUCGGCAGAAGAGGGACUGGGUCAUCCCCCCCAUCAACUGCCCCGAGAACGAGCGCGGACCCUUCCCCAAGAAGCUGGUGCAGAUCAAAUCUAACAAGGACAAGGAGACCAAAGUCUUCUACAGCAUCACAGGGCAGGGAGCUGACACCUACCCCGUGGGUGUCUUCACCAUCGAGCGGGAGACAGGGUGGCUGGAGGUGACCAGGCCGCUGGACCGGGAAGAGAUGGAUAAGUACUACCUCUACUCCCAUGCCGUGUCGGCCAAUGGGCAGUCAGUGGAGGACCCGAUGGAGAUCAUCAUCACCGUGACAGACCAGAAUGACAACCGGCCUGUCUUCACCCAGCAAGUCUUCACUGGCUACAUUGAGGAGAACGCAAAGCCAGGCACGUCCGUGAUGACCGUGAGCGCCACAGACGCCGACGAUGCGAUCAAUGUCAACAACGGCAUCAUUGGCUACUCCAUCCUCAGCGAGGAGCCCCAGAGCACGCAGCAGAUGUUCACCAUUGACCCGGAGAAGGGUGUCAUCAGUGUCAUUGGCACGGGGCUGGACCGGGAGACCACUCCCAACUACACGCUGAUCAUCCAGGCUGCAGACCAGGAGGGCACUGGCCUCACCACCACAGCCACUGCCAUUGUGGAAGUCACCGAUGCCAAUGACAACCCUCCCAUUUUUGACCCCACCAUGUAUGAGGGGGCAGUGAAGGAGAACGAGGCCGGGGCACUGGUGACACGGCUGCAUGUGAAGGACCGGGACAUGCAGGGCUCCCCAGCCUGGCAAGCUGUCUACCACAUCAAGAGCGGGGACCCAGAAGGCGACUUCACCAUCACCACCGACCCCAAAACCAACGAUGGCAUCCUGAGAACUGCCAAGGGCCUGGACUAUGAGAGCAAGAACCAGUACAGCCUGGUGGUGACAGUGGAGAACGCAGUCCCCUUCACCGUGUCCCUGCCACUCUCCACGGCCAGUGUCCUGGUGGCAGUGUCAGAUGAGAACGAAGCGCCUGUCUUCGUGCCCCCACUCAAGAAGGUGGAGGUGAGGGAGGACCUGCCAAAGGGCCACCAGGUCACCUCCUACACAGCCCAGGAUCCAGACCGGGACCUGAAGCAGACAAUCACGUACCGCAUGGGCAUCGACGCCGCGGACUGGCUGUCCAUCGACCCAGAGAAUGGCAUCAUCACAGCGGCUAAGCCCCUGGACCGCGAGUCGGUGCACGCCAUCAACAGCACCUACGAGGCCCUCGUCCUGGCUGUGGACAGUGCAUCACCACCUGCCACCGGCACUGGGACGCUGCUGCUCCUGCUCGAGGAUGUCAAUGACAAUGGGCCCACGCCAGAGCCACGGAGCUUUGACCUCUGCAGCCGGCAGCCUGAGCCUCAGACGCUGACCAUCGUGGACAAGGACCUGCCCCCCAACACCUAUCCCUUCAAGGCUGACUUGAAGCAUCUCUCCAAGGUCAACUGGACUGUCAGGGUGACUGGACAAGACACACUGGAGCUGAGACCGCUGAGGGAGCUGGAGCUAGGGGAGCACACCGUGUUCCUGGAGCUGUGGGACGCGCAAGGGAAGUCACAGAUGACACCACUCAAAAUCCAGGUCUGUGACUGUGGAGUCCUUCCUGGAAACUCAUCUGCAGCUCCCACAUGGCUCCUCCUGGCUCAGUGCCCCACCAUCCCUCUGGGCUCUGGUCCACCAACCCUGGGGCCAUGGUGCUGCUGA